AUGAUAUCGGACCUUCUCGGGAGGUCACCUGACUUACUGGUUGACUUGCAGAGGAACUACGCUAACCGCAUUUGGGAAGGCGGUCUCGGAGCCAACUUCGACUCUGUCAAGCCUGAGGAUUCGAUUCCGCUACCACACCCGUAUACCCUCCAGCUUCUCUCCCCAGCACACUCCCCCAAGAUGGUUGUCUACUACCAGAUCGCCGGCAAGAAGGUCGGCUCCCACGUCCUCGCCAUGGCCACCCUCGGCGCCAUCUUCACUGGUACCUGGGCUGCCACCGGUAGCAGCAGCAAGCCCAAGACCGCUGCUGGUCCUCCCAUCAACGCUUCCUCCAAGGACGAGGGUGACUUCAUCCAGCAAUUCCUGGCUGAGGCAGACAGCGGCGACAAAAAGGCCGGGCAUUAA